GCGUUUCGCGGCUUGCGUGGGUCUCGCUCGGCUUUUCCAGAGCAUCUAUGUCAGCGGCUGGCUAGCACGAGUUACCUUUCCAAAUUUGAGGACUGUUCUCUCCUAUUUUGGAGGAUUUGCCUUGCUGCCUUAAACCAUGGACAUCACUGGAUUUCUGAAGUCUCAAUUCAUUUGCCACCUUCUUAUCUGUUACAUAUUUAUAGUGUCGGGACUGAUCAUCAACCUCAUUCAACUCUUCACGCUUAUUCUCUGGCCAUUCAACAAGCAACUUUUCAGAAAAGUUAACUGCAAGCUGGCUUAUUGCAUUUCAAGCCAGUUGGUGUGGUUGCUGGAAUGGUGGUCAGGCACUAUUUGUACCCUCUACACCGAUCAACAGUCAUACCUCAAGUAUGGGAAUGAGAAUGCUAUCAUCAUCCUUAAUCACAACUUUGAAAUCGACUUUCUCUGUGGCUGGAACUUUUGUGAAAGAUUUGGGGUUCUGGGGAAUGCCAAAGUCCUUGCAAAGAAAGAACUUUCCUAUGUGCCGAUCGUUGGCUGGAUGUGGUACUUCCUGGAGAUAGUGUUCUGCAAGCGAAAAUGGGAAGAGGAUCGGAAAACUGUCAUGCGCAGUUUGCUUAAUCUCCGAGAUUAUCCUGAAAACUUCUGGUUUUUGAUUUACUGUGAAGGCACAAGAUUCACUGACCAAAAACACGAAAUCAGCAUGCAGGUGGCUAAAGCCAAAGGCUUGCCGAAGCUCAAAUAUCACCUCCUCCCACGAACAAAAGGAUUUGCAGUCACCGUCCAGUGUUUGAGAAAUGUAGUUUCAGCUGUAUAUGAUUCUACACUGAACUUUAGAAAUAAUGAAAAUCCAACUGUGCUGGGAGUUUUAAAUGGGAAGAAAUACCAUGCAGAUUUAUAUGUAAGGCGGAUUCCAUUAGAGGAGGUUCCAGAAGAUGAGCAGGAAUGUUCUAAUUGGCUUUACAAACUCUAUCAAGAGAAGGAUGCCUUUCAAGAAGAAUACUACAGGACAGGAACCUACCCAGGGACCCCCGUUGUGCCAACCCGGCGGCCAUGGCCUCUCUUGAAUUGGCUUUUCUGGGCCUUAUUGCUACUCUACCCUUUAUUUAAGCUGCUCAUCAACAUGAUCAGCAGUGGCUCAUCCCUGACACUUGCUACUUUAGCCUUUGUCUUCAUUGCAGCUUCAGUUGGUGUUCGAUGGAUGAUAGGAGUUACAGAAAUUAACAAGGGCUCAAAUUACGGCAACCAUGGACACGAGGGGAAGCAAAAGUGAAAUCUCCAGAGACUGCUUCACAUCCAAAGGGAACAAGCUUGUGAACUGCUAUGCAUAUCUGUCUUCAGACAUGAGGAUUAGGAAUCUGUUAGAGAGAGGGCCGUGCAUUCACUGAAUUCAUGUCUCUUCUCUAUCCAUCUCUCCCCCUGCUCCAGCUGGCAACAGGAGUUGAUAUUCUGCAAUUUAUUAUUUCAUUUUUUCUAUACUUUUUUUCAUUCAGAUUUUCCAGAGGAACAGUUUUUUUUAAUUAAGGAAA